GUAAACAGACAACAGAGAGGUGUGUGAGGGUGAGGCUGGUGACACUUGAUUUCAACAUCGGGUAGUGGAAGUUCAACGUGGAGUGUGUGAGUGUGUGAUGUGUGUGUGACGGUGUGCACAGCGCUGUUUCGGCUGUGCUAACGUAGGAGGAAGCAGCUCAGAGGGGCUUAAACCAUCACAUGCAGCCUCACGGAGGGGUCCAUUGAGCAGAUCUGCACUGAGACCCGGAUCGGACCUCACAAGACCGGUAAAACCAGGGGUCGAUGGACGAGCUGGAUCCGGAGGAGCAGUUCCUGCGGUUCGCCCGCAACGGAGAUCUGCCGGGGAUCCAGAGGCUGCUCAUGUCCACGAUACGGGAGGAGACCCGGAUCAACAUUAACUGCAAAGGUAAGAAGAAGUCGAACCUGGGCUGGACGCCUCUUCACCUCGCCUGUUACUUUGGACACAAAGACGUCGUGGAGGAGCUACUUAAGGCCGGAGCAGAUGUUAACUUGCCAAAUAACAUCGGAGACACACCACUGCACAAGGCUGCGUUCACAGGAAGAAAAGAGGUUGUCAUGCUGCUGCUGCACUAUGAUGCAUGUGCGACUGUCAUCAAUGGGACCGCUCAGAUCCCCAAAGAUGUGACUCAGAACGCAGAGAUCAGAGGCAUGCUGGAAGCCGCUGAACGAACGGAGGAGAGGAAACUUGAAGAGCAACUUCUGGAAGCUGCACGAGAAGGAGACCUCUGCACACUGACUCAGCUGCUCAACAGGAAGAACCCUCCAGACAUCGGCUGCACAGAUCUGCUGGGAAACACUCCGCUGCACUCUGCGGCAUAUCGAGGCCAGAAGCAGUGCGCCCUGAAGCUGCUGAAGAGCGGAGCCAACCCCAACGUCAAGAACAAGAACGAGCAGACAGUGUUCGACCUGGCCAGUGAUUCAGCGAUGAAGCAGGUCCUUGAAAUCAUCGUUCAUCGAGGUUUGACCCGACAUGUCAAGAAGUUUGAGGGACUCCUCUGGAAGAGCUCCAGAUUUUUCGGCUGGCGGUCGUACUGGGUGGUCCUUCAGGACGGGGUUUUAUCCUGGUACUCCAAACAGUCAGAGGCAGCUGCCAAUAUCAGAAGGCAAGGCUGUAAGUCCCUCACACAUGCUCACUGUCUGAUCAAAGCCAAAGAUGACUGCUUUUUUACGCUCAAGUGCUUUGAUGAAAGUGUGCAUCACUUCAAAGUGUCGCCAAAGAAUGACCCAGAGGUGACGAGAAAAGCAUGGCUGGAUGCUCUGGAGGAUCACGCAGCUUACAGCACUCACUACUGCUCCCAGGAGCAGGGCAGCGAGGAGGAGGAGGAGGAGGGGAUGUCACUCGGGGAGCUAACAGAAUCCCUACAGGCAGCAGAGACCAGCCAGAAGAGACUGGAAGAGGAGGUGGCAGCGUUCAUGUCCCUGCUGAAAAACAACGGACUGGAUGAAAAGUUCCCGUCCUCCGUUCUUCAGAUGUUGCAGCAGAUCUGUGAGCUGUCCAAUGAGACAAGUUCUAGUCUGAGUGUCUGCCUGAGUCUGUUCUCCCGACAGGAGGGGGUGCGCACUGUGAAAUUGGAGCAGGAGGUGGAGAAGAAUAAGAUCCUCUCUGAAGCGCUGCAGACUCUCGCCACAGAGCACCACGAACUCGAGCAAUCCGUCGUCAAGGGAUCCUCGCCUCGGAGCGCGCUCAGCGAGGAUGAGUUCCACGACGCCCUUUCAGACUCGGGCUCGGAGGGCUCCCUGAGCGGCUUUGAGACUGUGGCCAGCCAUUCCUGUGAGGAGGAGGAGGACGACGACGAAGGCUCUGUCAUGUUAAGCAGCCCCGGCAGCAUGUUGCAGGAGGAUCACCAUGGCAACAAGGCUGAAGCUCAACCCAAUGGGAUCACAAAGCAUAGGGCUAGUUUACCCUCACCGAUGUUUUCCAGAAAUGACUUCAGUAUCUGGAGUAUCCUGAGGAACUGCAUAGGAAUGGAGCUCUCAAAGAUCACGAUGCCGGUGAUUUUCAACGAGCCGCUCAGCUUCCUGCAGCGUCUGACGGAGUACAUGGAGCACACCUACCUCAUCCACCAGGCCAACAAAUCCUCCGACUCUGUGGAGAGGAUGAAGUGUGUGGCUGCAUUUGCUGUGUCAGCUGUAGCGUCUCAGUGGGAGCGCACAGGUAAACCAUUCAACCCUCUGCUGGGAGAAACCUAUGAACUGGUCAGAGAUGAUCUGGGCUUCAGGCUGAUCUCGGAGCAGGUCAGCCAUCAUCCUCCGGUCAGCGCCUUCCACGCUGAGGGUCUAGAACAAGACUUUGUGUUUCAUGGAUCAAUUUACCCCAAACUCAAGUUCUGGGGUAAAAGUGUUGAAGCAGAGCCAAAAGGAACAAUCACACUGGAGCUGCCCAAGUACAAUGAAGCCUACACCUGGACAAAUCCAACAUGCUGUGUUCACAACAUCAUCGUGGGUCAGCUGUGGAUCGAGCAGUAUGGAAGUGUUGAGAUCAUCAACCACAAAACGGGUGAAAAGUGCUGCCUGAACUUUAAACCAUGUGGUCUUUUUGGCAAAGAGCUGCACAAGGUCGAAGGUUACAUUCUGGAUAAAGGCAAAAAGAAGCUCUGUGCUCUUUAUGGGAAGUGGACAGAGUGUCUACAUGUCGUCGACUCGGCCGCCUUCGAGACGCACAAGAAAAGUGACAAGAAAGGAUCAGAGGAGAAGAAGAGCAGCAAGGCGGGUUGCAGUGACGGGCAGGAUGGCGCUGCAUCUACAACUGUAGACACAGUGGACGUGAUUCCUGGCAGCCAGCUGCUGUGGAGGAUCGCUCCCAGACCGCCAAACUCUGCACAGAUGUACAGUUUCACCUCGUUUGCGAUGCAGCUGAACGAGCUGCGGCAGGAGAUGGAGGGAGCGAUCCCUCAGACCGACUGCAGACUCAGACCGGACAUACGAGCCAUGGAGAAUGGGGACAUUGACCUCGCCAGUGAGGAGAAGAAGAGAUUGGAGGAAAAACAAAGAACAACUCGCAAAAACCGUUCAAAGAAUGACGAGGAGUGGAAGACGAGGAGUCCCGCCCUCGGCCCGAGGUGGUUCCAGCAGGGGCAGAAUCCCCACACCAGCUCUCAGGACUGGAUCUUCUCUGGAGGAUACUGGGACAGAAAAUACAGCUCACUGCCGGACAUUUACUGACGGACAUUUCCUGCUCUCUAUGAGCCAGCGUUAAUAAUUUUUGUUUUUGUUUUUCAAAGGAAUAACUAAAAUAUGCAAAUAUGCGUGGCCUUAAUCAACUUUAUUGUGAUGAAACUUCACAGAAACAUUAAUAAUAAUCAUCAAUAUUUAUUCGUUUUAAGGUGUAAAGCAAUUUGAAAAUGCUGUGAAGUGUUGGACUUUUACCUACAUUGAGACCGGUUUAUUUCUGUGUUUGGACUUUUAGCUCUGUGGUUCAUGAUUUUAAUGUCCUCCUGUCUCUUUUUAAUGAGGUUUGAAAAUGUUUGUCUGUACAUAUUAAUGUGUCAUUUACAUAUUCCCAUCCUUCAGUGACCUACACAUCAAGUCAUAUACAUUUCCAAUCUUUAAAAGCAGUCGAUAAAUAUGUGUUUGUCAUUUUUGUUGCCUUUUUUCGAUAUCAGUGUUUCAGGAAAUAUAUCUGUAUUCUCCCCUAAUAUUUCUGCCUUCAGCACAAAAAGAUUAUUUUCUAUAUCAAUGUUACACUUUUUAGAAAUUGACUGCUACUUCUUUUAAAUGUUCUGUCUGUUGUGCUCAGUGUUUUAAAAGCACACACACAUAUUGAGCUCUUUAAAGAGUUUGAUUCAUUUUCCAGACAAUCUAAAAUGUGUUUCUCAAACGAUCUGUGAGACAGAUUGAUGAUUAUGGUAGAACAAGUUCACAUCAUGAGGAAGUAACUGAUUCCAAAGGUGUUUUACCUCCAUGGGGCAUCGAGAGUGUUUGACGCUGAAUUAAAACACAUUCAUGUAUUUGUGCUUGUUUUUAUUGUUUAUGUGAUGUUUUCAAGAGAGCAGGACCAAGUAUAGAGGAAUCUAAAAAAUAAAAAUCAUGUAAUCAAA